AUGGAAGAAUUAGAAAUGCUUGAUGAAAUGAGUUACAAGCCACCACCACAAGAUAGCGUUGAGAUAACAAUUAAAGCACCGAAACCAGUCGAAACAAUUGAAGCAAAAUGGGCAAAAUUUAUCAGACAAGCAAUGCAUCUUCUUUGUUACAUUGCACAUUUGCAAAUCUGGACUCGAGCUUUGGUACGGAAUGAAGCAUUGAUGUCUCUCUGUUUAUCACUGAUACCGGAAGGAUACAUUACAGCAGCGCAGCAUGGAUUAGAAGUAGCCACCGCCGAAAGAUUCUUGAAAUGGUUUAGAUCAGCUUUUCAGCAAGCACAAAAAGACUACAUAGCGAAGGAUGGCUUUUGUGAUGCUCAGGUUGAAAGAUUGGAAGAAUUGAUUGGUGACCGAGUCUAUGAAAACGAUAAGGAUUUAGCUUCGCUGUUAUUUCUUUGUAUGCUGGCAAUGAAACAGUCGACACGUCUGUGCCUGUCAUGUCAACCGGUCACACACAGAUUGACAAUGCAAAUGCUGCAGUCGGUGCACACGGAGAAGUUCGUAAAAGAGAGUAUCGACAACAGAGAUGCGGAAUGGGAAGAUAAGCUGGAGGAGGUCACAAAAAAGGUGGAAGUGAAGGAGCAGAAUGCCGUGAGUGCUACUGAGGAAACAGCUGUUGAAGACAGCAAAGAUAAAAAAGCUCGAAAAUCGAGAAAAAACUCGAAAAGUGAAGCCAAGGAGAGUGCAUCGACUAGUGACGUUGGGAAGAAGUUGCGCAUUGAGAGAAAUUAUUGGGUGGAAUAUUGGGACGACAACGACGGCAUGGAUCCCUGGACCAGUACAGUGGACAUGCCAGCAAAAGUAGAAGCCGACGCUACCGCACCAAUGCAUUAUGUGAUUGUUAUCGAUAACGGAUUUGGUAUGCGUGAUGUAACUGCUCGAUAUGCUUCUAAAUUUCUAGCAUCUGACAUGCGAAGACUUCGUGCUGAUCCGGACUGGUGGGCUCAGACAAUCAAGUUAUUUCGAAGUAAAGAUCGAAGACGUGAGCGUAUGGAGGAUGUUGCAAUUCAUGAAUAUUUAAUGUCGCAGCCGACACCAGCAACAGUUGCAGAGUACAAAAAUCAUCCAUUUACAGUGGACAUGCCAGCAAAAGUAGAAGCCGACGCUACCGCACCAAUGCAUUAUGUGAUUGUUAUCGAUAACGGAUUUGGUAUGCGUGAUGUAACUGCUCGAUAUGCUUCUAAAUUUCUAGCAUCUGACAUGCGAAGACUUCGUGCUGAUCCGGACUGGUGGGCUCAGACAAUCAAAUUAUUUCGAAGUAAAGAUCGAAGACGUGAGCGUAUGGAGGAUGUUGCAAUUCAUGAAUAUUUAAUGUCUCAGCCGACACCAGCAACAGUUGCAGAGUACAAAAAUCAUCCAUUGUAUGUUUUAAAGAAAGAUAUCUUGAAAUAUGAAGCAAUAUAUCCCGAGAAUCAGCAACCAAUUGGACAAAUUCGCGGCAUUGAUAUCUAUCCCCGAAGUUCUGUUUUCCAUUUGGAUGGCUCAUUGAAUUGGAUGAAACAGGCACGCAUGGUUAAGGCCGGCGAGAAGCCGUAUAAAAUUGUGAAAGGUCGAGUAAAUCCUCGUAUUCCGCCUGAACUACGAGAACCACGUUCGCUUGAACUUUUUGGAUUUUGGCAGACGGAGCCGUAUGUACCACCGAAAGUUGUCGAUGGCCGAGUACCACGGAAUGAAUUUGGUAAUUUAUAUGUCUACAAAAGCAGCAUGAUCCCGGAGGGUUGUGUGCACGUGCGCCUCGACGGACUUGUCGCGGGUUGUGUGCACGUGCGCCUCGAUGGACUUGUCACGGUUGCGCGUCAGCUCGAUAUCGACUGUGUGCCGGCAGUUGUCGGUUGGGAAUUUCAUAAAGGAGGAAAUCAUCCAAUUAUCGAAGGAUGUGUUGUUUUAAAGGAACAUGAAAAAGCAUUACGUGCAGCGUGGCGGGAGUUUUAUGAGAGAAAGCAGGUUGCUGCUGAGAAGGUAACUUUUUGGAAUAUUCUUUUCAGCUUUUUUUUAAUUCAUUAUGUAACGGCGAGUGUUUUACAUUUAAAAACAACCAGAAUUUACGGUGCAAGAUUUCAGAGACGAAAAGAGCGGGCCAUCAAAAAUUGGCGACGAUUAGUGAAGGGACUUUUAACGUUGAAGAAAUUGGUCGAUGAAAAGUUGGAGCAUGAAACAGCGGUUGAGGUGAAGGCUGAGGAGACGCCAGCCACUGAUGACAUGGCUUUCUCAUGGCCACGAACGGCCUUUAAUUUAUCGGGAACCAGUACUGAAAAGCAUCAACAUCGUCUGUAG